AUGGUUGCUACAUUCCAAGUCCUUGGCAAGUUUUCUACCUUGGAUGAAACCAACUACAUAGGAAAUCCUCAUCUAUGUGGAUCAGUCAUAAACAAUAGUUGUGAUGAUCACAGUACUAUCAGUUUCGACAAACCCGAUUCUCAAAGCGGAGAUGAAGAAACCGUAAUCGAUAUGGAGAUUUUCUAUUGGAGCCUCGGAGUUACCUAUGGUGUGACAUGGGUGGCAAUUAUUGUGUUUCUUUGCUUUGAUUCACCUUGGCGCCGAGCAUGGUUUCGCCUUGUUGAAGCUUUUAUCAGUUGUUUCAAGUGUAAGACCAAUAAUUUUAUAAACUACGAUAAAUCGAUCCAAUCACGAAAGCAUUAA